CGCUUUUUUGAUAAUAAUGGCAAAUUUCAGGAGUUAUCGGGCCUGAGUAUAGCUCCGAGACUAACGUAGUAUCCUCAAUUUUGGGGUCGCAGACGACAAAAGACCAGAUGUUGCAAAUUGGGUUUUCAGCUACAUCAACAGAACUUAAUGACAGAGUUAAAUAUCCGAAUUUUUACAGAGUGGCAGUGGAAGAUCGAGCUCAGAUUACGACUAUAUUAAAGCUUUUGUUAGAUCUCAAAUGGAACCGAAUAGCAAUUGUUUAUGUCAACGAUACGUACGGACGAGUUGGUGCAUAUAUGUUGCAACAAGCCGCCGAGAAGAACGGCAUAUGUUUGUCUAAAAUGAAUGCAAUAGAAAUUGACGACAGCAGACGUGUUGACAUCACUGAAAUAAGAAAUAUCCUAUCCGAUUAUGUGCUAGACCCACCCAGCAUUGAAGGUGUCGUCUUCUUCGGAACUGACGUCAUUACUAAGCAAGUCAUGCAAAUAUUAGAAAAACUUUCGACGCAAGACGCCCCGAUAGUUAUACUAUCCGAAUCAGAGCUCAAUACAGACGUGUUUCUUUCCCACUCGGGUGAUUUGUUAGGGAAAACAAAAGGCACGCUUGCUAUUGCUAUGCAGAACUUAGAAGUACCAGAGUUUGUACGAUAUUGGGAGUCAAUGCUUUCAAACAAAACCGCCAUGCUAGCUGCUGUGGACAACAACCCUUAUUUAAAGGACGUAUUUCUCCAAUACGCGGGUUGUGAUAUAGAAUCCGCAAGCUGUGAGGCAUUGACUAAAGAACAAAUAGCUAAACUGUCUUCGAAACUGUUCUACGUUCACUACUCCGUGUUUGCUGUCCAUACACUUAUUAAAGCUAUAGAAAAAUUCAACGAUACAGUUUGCAAAGGAGACUGCAACACCAAAGAGAAAUUCAAAUCAUAUUUCCAACCAAACCAUCUUGUUGAAGCUAUGGAUGGACUAUCCGUGUCAUAUGGCGGUAUUGAUGCUUCGUUUACUAGAGACACCCCGAAUAUUCAACUUGCAGACGGCGAGACGGAAUACGAGGUGUAUAAUUUUAGGAAAGACCCAGAUAACGGUGACGAAUUUGCAUUCGUUAAGGUAGGAUAUCUAUCGGACGAUGUUCUGCAUUUGGACACGGACAAGAUAAAGGAUUACAAAUCUGAUGGGACAGAAAGAAGCUACCCAAAUAUAAGGAGAGGACAAUGCCCUGUUGGGAGCAGAUGUGAUAAAUGCAUUGAUAGCGAUAUUACAGAAAUAAACUAUCAUAUUCCAGGAGAUUUCUAUGUCAUAGGAAUCGUAUCUAUUAACAAUAAAGCAAUUCCCGGGCCCAUUGGAUGUGGUACAGUCAGAACAAGGCACGGAUACCAAAUGUAUUUGUCUAUGGAAUACAGUUUAAAAGAAUUUCAUACUAAAAGCUGGUAUUCAUCAUACAAGACUAAGUUUGCUGGAAAGUCUGUUGGACUAAUUGUAAUCAACAGUUGUAACAAUGCACUUGAAGUAGUGUCAAAAAUUCUUGACCUUCACUCAAAAGGUCUAAAGUUACCAAAUGGAACAUUCCUGGAUUUGACUGGCCGCAUUCUUGGUUAUGUUGGUGGUCAAGCGACCGAAGUUAGUGAACCUACUGCUGCACAAUUAACAAAACUGAACUUUGUACAAAUAAGCUACACAUCUACGAACCCCAUACUCAGUGACAAGCAUCUGUAUCCUUAUUUCUUGCGCAUGAUUUCGCCAGAUAAUUUACAAGCUGAAGCAAUGAUAGAAAUAGUAAAAGCGCUUGGUGGGGAAUACAUCCAGAUUGUGUAUAGUGAAGGUGGGUAUGGUGUCGGAGGGAGAGACUCUGUUCGAGAGGUUGCAAAAGCCAACAAGAUUUGUAUCAUACAAGAAAUAAUAGUCGUAGAGGCGGAAACGAAUGCAUACUUCGGUUAUUAUGAGAUGAUGCGAAGAAAACCGCACGCUAAACUCGUAAUUAUAUUCUUACGAUCUCACAUUGUUGGUCAUUUCUUGAGAGAUGUUAACACUGAAAUGACAAGAGGUGAAUUUCAGUUUAUUGGAUCAGAAGCUUGGGGCAAGAACAGAGACGCGUUACAAUACGAUAUCAGCAAAGGGGCUAUAAUAACAGCAGUGGAAAUGGAUACUGACAGAGAACUGGAAGUCUAUAUCAAAGAUCAAACACCUUCCAUUGAUGUUCCAAAUCCUUGGCUAUUAAACUACAUACAGAAUAGACAAGAAUGCUACAUGAGUUGGAGCUAUGAUAAAACAUUUCCGAAAGAGUGUAGCGCUGAUGAUUUGCCUACAAAUGAAAACGAUUUCGUGUCGGAUCCAUGGUGCAUAUUCGUUGCAAAGACUAUGUCGGCAUUCUUGAAAGGGGCGGCAAUGUUUUACAGGGACAAAUGUGGUGCAUCGUCCAGCAGAACACUUUGCUCUGACUUUGUUAGCAAUCCAAAACAAUUGUUCAAUGUGAUGAGGGUUGUCAAAAUGAACAUUUAUGGAACUGGAGAUAUUUUGAUUUUUGAUGAAAAAGGAGACGGUUUAAUGGGCUAUAAAAUUUACAACAUUCAAGCAGGACAAACUGAUAGAACGCAAAGAGUUUACACUGAAGUUGGAAGUUACAACCCUAGCACUGGUCUUCGAAUCACUUUAGAGGACAUAGAAUUCCCCAGAGAUGAGCCUAUCAGAUCCUCAUGUCCGAGUGAAGGUGCAUGCCUCUCAUGUUUAGGCAAAGACCCUGCUCCGAAAAAUGAAACAUCAACUACAGAAGAUGGAACUGAUACAGUAGCUAUGUUGGGAGCCUUUGUUGGAAUUCUCAUCGUGGUGAUAAUUAUUCUUGUUGUUGUUAUCAUUUUAAAUUUGAGGAAGCAACGCAAGACACCAAAUGACGUAUACAUUACCCCCACGGAAUGCCUGAGCGAGAGACCAUCUGUUGAAGGGAAACAUUCUGAUACAGAUAGUAUAAAUGGUCACAAUAAUUAUAUAACUGUAAAUCACUUGGAUCCACCGCCAGGGUGCCGAAGUGAAGAGUUCCUUAGUAAAUAAAAACAGACGACAUCUUAUUUCUUGCUGCUUUGUUGAACUUUGCAAUUAUAACUAUUAUAUGUUUUAAAUGUAUACAUUUAAGACUUCUUUAGCAAUGAUUUGGACAAAUUUUGCGGCAUAUAAAAUGUAACCAAUGACAUUCCAGCAUUUGCACCACGUGAUGUUCCAAUAUAAUUCAUUAUUGGAUCCAAGCUUAUCAA